AUGCUGCUGUCAGGGACUUCCAGGCCUGGGAUUUCGACUUUUGGCUAUAACAACAAGCCCUAUGUGUCAUUGUCUCAGCAGAUGGCACCACCUAGUCCAAGCAACAGUACCCUGAACAACAGCAGUGAGAGCAAUGGAAAUGACCAGUUGAGCAAAACCAACCUCUAUAUCCGGGGAUUGCAACCAGGCAUUACUGACCAGGAUCUUGUCAAAUUGUGCCAGUCAUAUGACAAGAUUGUCUCCACUAAGGCCAUCCUGGACAAGAGCACAAACAAAUGCAAAGGCUAUGGCUUUGUGGACUUUGACAGUCCUUCAGCCGCACAGAAAGCUGUCAUGGCACUGAAAGCCAGUGGUGUGCAGGCUCAGGUGGCAAAGCAACAGGAACAGGACCCCACAAAUUUAUACAUAUCAAACCUUCCACUCUCCAUGGAUGAGCAAGAACUAGAGAGGAUGCUGAAGCCUUUUGGCCAGGUUAUCUCCACUCGAAUCCUCCAAGACACCAGUGGGACCAGCAGAGGGGUUGGCUUUGCAAGGAUGGAGUCCACAGAGAAGUGAGAAGCCAUCAUCACCCACUUUAAUGGAAAAUAUAUUAAGACACCUGCUGGAGUCCCAGCCCCAUCUGAUCCCUUGCUUUGCAGAUUUGCUGAUGGUGGUCCAAAGAAAUGACAGAACCAAGGGAAAUACAUGCAAAAUGGAUGGGCCUGGCCAAGGAAUGGAGAUAUGGGUGGUAUGGCCUUGACCUAUGACCCCACCACAGCUCUUCAGAAUGGGUUUUACCCGGCUCCUUAUAACAUCACCCCCAACAGGACUCAGUCUGCACUCUCCCCGUACCUUCCAUCUCCUGUGUCUUCCUAUCAGAGAGUAACUCAGACAUCUCCUCUACAAGCACCUAACCCGUCGUGGAUGCACCACCAGUCAUACCUCAUGCAGCCUUCAGGUUCCAUUCUGCCGCCAGGGAUGGAUCACCCCAUUUCUCUGCAGCCUGCCUCCAUGAUGGGACCUCUUACCCAGCAACUGGGGCACCUCUCGCUCAGCAGCACGGGCAGGUAUGUGCCGGCGGCCGCCCCGGCGCCAGGAGCUUACAUCGCCCGGUACACCCCCGUGCCUUCCGCCGGUGUUGCAGCCGAGGAGAGCGGUGAGGUGCCGGUGGAGGCGCCCUCAGACCACGGGCUGUACUCCUUCCAGUUCAACAAGUAG